AUGGACGCCUCACUGUUGGCCCUGCCAACAUCCCCAGCCUCGGGCCUCCAAACCUUUGCACUCUUUAUCAACUUCUUCUUCCCUGCCCUGGCACUCGUUGUUGUCUCUGCCCGCGUAGCCGGCCGGGUGGUGGCAAGCCGGUUGGCUGUGGAAGACUGGCUUGUUUGCAUAGCCAUGCUUCUGUCUGUAGCUGAGACAAUUAUCAGCUUCUUCUUCAUCAAGACCAACUUCAUCGGCAUAUCCCCAGAGAAGGUGCCGGCCCAUGAUCCAACCCAGGGUUUGAUAUGGGCCUACGCUGUCCAGAUCUUGUACAAUCCGAUCCUUGCCUUGGUCAAGUCGUCCGUAUUGAUCUUUCUUACCCGCUUAUUCGGCCAGAAAGAUUGGGUGCGGCGGUCCCUUCUUUGGCUUAACGUUGUCAACAUUUCCCAGAUGGUUGGCGUCUUCUUUGCUAUUAUUUUGCAAUGCACUCCCGUUUCCUUCUUCUGGGACCCGACUAUCCGAGGUGGUUACUGCGUCGACCGCCGAGUGUUAUACGUCUCGACUGCGGCCUUCAACAUUGUGACAGACAUUUUGAUCAUCGGGCUGCCGCUAUUCAUUUUUUCUUCUCUGCGGAUCCCAAGACGGACCAAAACCGCGCUCCUGAUCGUCUUUCUCCUAGGUUUUCUCGUGACAAUCACGUCCAUCAUCCGCCUAGUUCUCCUCAUCCAGGGCCUAUUCAGCGUCUCCAUCUUCCCCAGCGCAGCCUCCCAGAACGUCGGCUUCGUAACGUCGGCGGUGGAAACCAACCUCGCCAUCAUCACCGCCUCGGCCCCAGCCCUCCGCCCCAUCUUUCGCUCGCGCGACCGCGGCGGUUGGUUCGCACGCAGCGUCAUGGCCACCACCCGCGGCGGAGCGCCUGACAACUACAACCACACCCGCAACAAACCCGCCAACACAGUCACCAAUUCCUACCCCGACCUCGAAAUGGGCCAAAAGCCCAUCGGCUGGGACCGUGGAACUUCCCCCAUCGCCACCACCACCACCGCCUCCUACAAAUUCGGCCGGGGCGGAUCCAGAGGCGGGCGCAAGGGCAGCACAACGCGGAAAUCCAAGACCAAACCCAAGCCGCGCCCGACCAUCACGCUCAUCCGCACCGACCUCGCCCGCGACCGCGACGGGCUCGCCUCCCUCCGCAGCAGCUCCCCGCGCUCCAGCGAGGAACAGACCAUGACCAGCAACGGCAUCGUGCGCGUCAGCGACAUCCAGCGCGAGAUUGACGGCAUCAGAACUAGGGAGGCCGUUGUCGAUGAAACGAAUGCCCGGUGUAUCCGCUCGGAGAAGGCCGGCGAUCAUGAGACGUUGUAA